AUGAAGACCUGCAUCCGCAAGCCGGCCUCGUCCCGAUCGACCGGGUCCUCACCAUCACCUGCAUCGUCAGCCUCCCAGGGGGAGAGGGCGUGCCAGGCCAGCUCUGCGACGUCCUACUCCGAAACCGAGCAAUUCCAACGAAUCGAAUCCCUCAAAGCCAUCGACAUAGAACCAGACAUGCAGGACGACUUUAAUCGCAUCCAGCUUUGGGCCGAUGAUUUGCCACUUGACACAAAAGGAUUCGAGAAGAUGCGGAAGAAUAGGUCCACGACCAUGAGCAACGAGAAGCACAGGUCUGGACGGAACUGGUUCGACAACAACAGGGGUUUCGCUCUUACUGGCCUUCCUCCUCGCAAAUACAGCACCUCCGACGAUAUUUACUGGGCUACAAGGUAUAGUCCUCAACUACGCCUGCGGGUUAGUCCGCCUGCAGGGAUGGAGAGGUUGACUUUGAAGUUCUGUGGUAGGACAGUGGCGAGUGGGUUCGUUGCGAAGAAUCCGCCGAAGAAGAAAGGGAAGAAGUCUAGGCGGACGUGGUGA